UUCCGGGUGCUUUGUUGUUCUAAAAACCUUUCAUUCAAGUGCAAGUUGUUCCGAUCGGCUUACAUUUCCUGUUGGGGAGUUUAUUGGGGUUGAAGUGGGCCUAUAGAUACUUGCAAAUUGCCCAUGAAAAUUCGAUCAAGGACCAAGGAGAGAAGUAUCCAGUCUCAUAUCAAUGAGUGUUAUCCGAUUCAAUCUUAAACUGAAAGUUUAUUAAAAACGGAUUCUAAUGACGUGUGGUGAAUCUACAAUUUAUUGGCAACAAAUGCUUCAAAUCAAGUGGAGCAACACCAACAAAAACGAAAACCAACAAGCAAAAUAAAAAAUCCAUAGACUUUAUUGAAAAUUGAAAAGGAAAAUCUUUGACGAUAAAGAAAAGUUGAGGGAAAACCUCAGACGCCUCACGAAUAAAAAAAAAGCCAAACAAAAACCGGUCGAAAAAAGUUCAACACGAAAGAAAAACUUCAAAUUUGUGGAGAAAAAAAAACACACAUUGGGGAGGAUACUCAUAGCACGGGCUACAACAUAGCCACCCAGAAUACUAAUUCCCUAACACAAUGAGAAUAACAACGAAAAGAAAAACGGAAACCAAAGAAGUCUUGGAAACCACACAUCAAAUGGAAAUUGAAAAUAUUGAAACACAAACAAAAACAAUGGGUGUAAAUUUAGAAUGUUAUCAGCGUCUGAUAGAACAGGCAGACCAGGAUGAGAAUGUCACAACCUUGGCAGCAUUCCACUACACCUCCCCCCUAAAUAGCCUGGAGUCGUCGCAAAACAAUCGACAGCAUGUAAGAAAAGUACAUAGCAGUGCCAUCCUUAGCCCACAAUAUACUCUCGCCAAAAACAAAGGCUGCUUUGAUUCCCGAAAUUCCCAUGGCUACUGGUCUAUGCCUCGCCAAUGGCUUUUAUUGGUUUUGCUGCUGUUGGCCUCAUGUCUUGUGGCCAAACCCGCAAAUGCUUUGGCCAAUUGUCCUAAUGGCUGUCAAUGUAAUGAUGAUACCUUGGUGGUUAAAUGCGGCGAAGGCACUUUGGAUGUGCUGCCCAUUGCUCUUAAUCCAUCCAUUCAACGACUGGUGAUUAAGAACAAUAAAAUCAAAACCAUUGAUUCCAGCAUACAAUUCUACACCGAACUGAGGUUCUUGGACUUGUCUUUUAACGAUUUGGUGACAAUACCCCCAAGAACUUUUGCUCUGCAGCGCAAGCUGCAAGAAUUGCAUUUGAAUUACAACAAAAUUGGUCAAAUCAACAAUAAAACCUUGUUGGGUUUGUCAGCGGUAACCAUUAUGAAUUUGAGAGGGAAUCUCAUGUCCGAAUUGGAGGAUUACACAUUUUCACCUUUGUUACAAGUUGAAGAAUUGAAUUUGGGUCAAAAUCGUAUCAGUCGCAUAUCAACACAUGCAUUCGAUGGCUUAAAGAAUCUGAAGGUUUUGUAUUUGGAUGACAACACUUUGACAGCGGUGCCUGCUCCUGAGAACUUUCAGGCCAUGCCUUUGUUGGCUGAGUUGUAUUUGGGUACCAAUUCUUUUAUGUCCAUACCCAAUAAAGCCUUUGAGGACUUGAAAGGUCUUACGCGUUUGGAUCUGAAAGGAGCGGGUUUGCGCAACCUCUCGCUGGAAGCCAUGAAGGGUUUAGAGGGUGUGCGCUAUUUGGAUCUCUCCGACAAUAGUUUGGAGUUCAUACCCCAAACUGCUCUCUCACACUUGGAACGCCUAGAAGAUUUAUCUUUAGGACAAAAUGCAUUCGAAGUUAUUUCGGCCAAUGCCUUGCAGGGUUUGAAAAACUUGAAACGUUUGCUUAUAACUGGAGCUCAGAGGCUAAGGAAAGUGGAAAAUGCCGCCUUUUCGGGCAACACCAAUUUGGAAUAUCUUAACUUGUCGGCAAACAAAAUGUUGGCGGAAAUUGAAGAAAAUGCUUUCAGCGGCUUACCUCAUCUCAAGCAUAUCAUCCUGAAGGAGAAUAAAAUUGACACCCUUAGUGAAGGGCUCUUUGCUUGGUCGGAUCUUAUAACUUUGGAUAUAUCCGAAAAUCCCUUGAUGUGCGAUUGCCGGCUCUUGUGGCUGCGCACUUUAGCUAUCAACAAAAAUAACACCAGCGAACAAAUUCAGGGAGUGAUUUGUGCUGCACCAUCCAACCUAAAAGGUGAGUCCCUGAAUAAACUCAGCCCUGCAAUAUUGGGCUGCAAUCACAGUGAUGCCAAACAACAAGCCUUGAUAGGUGUUCUCUUAGUGGUUACUGCAGCCACUAUCACAGCACUGGCCCUCAUCAUAUACUCUUGUCGGCGCCGCAUUCGGGAAGCGUUAAAGGGCGGCUGGGGUAAUUCUGCGUUGGGUCGCAAAGAGCAAGAGUAUCAAAAGACUUUCUCCGAGGAGGACUACAUGAAUCGUCAUCCCCAAAUACCCUGUGCCAUGAGCAGCUCGGCGCCCUAUGCCACCAGCACCAGCGGCUAUGGGGGCCAGCAUGCCUUGCAGUAUAUGGGAACCAGACCGAUACCAGUAACCGAGCUAUAGCUAGAAGCACCACCCCCACCUCAGCAAAGAGGUCGGGGAUCGGCCACAGCCCCAACAGCAGCAAUCAUGCACCAGUUGAAAGUACCAAAUGGCUCCACAAUGUACAAUGGCUGCGGUCCUCUACCCGAUAAUCAAAACUCCUUUUUAACCCAGAUGCAACAGAUCCCCUUUAUGACCAACAACACUCGCAGUCCAUACAAUUAUCAGUCGCAACAGGAUAUGCGAAAACUGACCAAUGGCAAAAAUCCCAAUAUCACCUCGCUGCCAAGGUAUAGGGCCCAACAACAACAGCAAUUACCCUCCCAGCAACAGGAAAGUUCUCUUAUCCAAAAUCACAUCUAUUCACAGCCCAUAACACCAAAUGGUGGUGUGGUCACCUAUGCCACGCCCAAAUACAAUACCACAGAGCGUCACAUACGCCUGACUCAGGAUCACUUCAAUCACAACAACUCGUUGAAAUAUCCCCAACAAUAUGCCCAAACCUUAGAUGGUGAUUAUCUGCACACCAAUUCGCACUAUUCUUUGCCAGUGGAUCACAACAAUGACGCUGGUCCUCCCUUAGAAUCGCCCAUACCGCCCACACCACCGCCGCCGGCCUUGCCCUUACGCAACGGUAGCUGUAAUACUACCGGUCGUAGAUCCACCUUCAGUUCGCUGAACGGCAAUUCGCAACAAAUGCAACAUAAUCAUCUUAAUAACAACAAUAAUAGCAGUGUGGCAACUCUACACAAAGCAACCACUUUGAAUAACAACAACAAUAUAAAUAAUCAAACAGGCAGCUUAAGACAUCAGUAUCACUGAUAUUCAUUGAAAAAGUGCCGAGAGCAUGCCAACGGCUCUCGGCCAGAGAAAUUCAGCUGGUUGGAUGAGAUCAAGGGUGGGGGAACAACUGCAUUUGAGACCAUAGAAAUGACAGCAUUUUUACACUAGAAGGCUAUAGAGAGUUGGGGAGAAUUUGCUUUUGUU